AUGGCACCGGUUUAUCAGAUUGCGCUGAUUCAGUUCGACCCAAAGCCGGUCGCGGUGGAGGAAAACUUCAACACCGCUGCGAAAUACAUUCGAGAUGCUGCAUCCAAGGGCUGUGACAUCGCACUGUUGCCGGAAUACCACCUAACAUCAUGGGUUCCCGAUCACCCCGACUUCUUUUCAGCGACCCGUGAGUCCGCCUCGUACUUGGCCAAGUAUCAGGAGCUCGCGCGUGAGCUCAACAUCAACAUUGUACCGGGCACGAUUUGCGAGCCUCACUCAGUCUCUACCGACUCUGGAAACGUGAAGGAGGAGCUGCAUAAUAUGGCCCAUUUCCUCGCAGCCGGUACAGGCGACAUUUGCGGCUCGUACCAGAAAAAGAACCUGUGGCAUCCAGAGCGGCCGCAUCUCACCUCGUCUGGUCACAGUCCUCACGUCGCAUUCGACACGCCGCUCAAGCACGCUGACGGCCGCCCUGUGCGCGCUGGGAUGCUCAUCUGCUGGGACCUGGCGUUUCCCGAGGCGUUCAGGGCCUUGAUUGCCGAUGGCGCCGACCUGAUCCUCAUUCCAUCGUGGUGGUACAUGACGGAUGCCGGCGGAGACGGACUGGAGCUUAACCCUGACGCCGAGAAGGUCUUCCUGGAGACUGCGACGACCUUGCGUGCGUUUGAGAAUACCGCAGCCAUUGCCUUCUGCAACGCAGGCGGGCUCAGCUGCGUGGCCAUGCCGAUUCAGGGUGCAUUGGGACGAAUCGGAGUUGGAGAGGAGAAGAUGGAGAUCGUUCCUAUAGAUCUAAAUGUGUUAAAAAUAGCCGAGGAAAACUACAAGAUUAGAAUGGACGUCCAGGGUGAGUCUUGGCACUAUAGACACACCCUGAGCAGGUAA